AGCCAGCGCGGCGCAGCAAUGCGAGCCGGGCAGGCGCCCCGCGCACGGUGCCUUGGGCUGCGCCCAGCCGGCCCCAGGGCGUCCAGUCCGGCUCCCGCUGGCCAGCGCGCGGGAUGAGGAGCCCGUGCGAGGCGUUCCCCGGGGACUGAGCCUCCCUCCCGCUGCACCAUGAAACUCUACUGCAAGGUGGUGGCCAUCCUGCUGUGCCUGGGGAUCCUGCUGCUGCUCUAUCUCUUCGUGGGCAACGCGGAUGAGCCGCCGCUGCAAGGGGCCAGAGAAACCCGCUUGCCGCUGCUGCCCGUUUCCCCCGGACCGGGGGGCCGCGCCCACCCACUCUUUGCACAUUUCCAGCCCGUGCAGGCGGCGGCGGCAGCUCAGAUUUCCAAGCGGGAGCCACGUCUCAGCAAAAACCCCGGCAAGCGGAGUCCGGCGCGAGGGAAGUUUGCAAACGUUCGAAGACCUGGGGAACAGAAACACUUGAAAGAACUUCCAUCUCUGCAAUGGAUGCACCUGGCAGUUGUGGCGUGUGGCGACCGGCUGGAAGAGACUCUUAUCAUGCUGAAAUCGGCAGUUCUGUUUAGCUACAGGAAGCUUAAGUUUCACAUCUUUGCUGAGGAUUCCCUGAAGCCUGAAUUUGAGAAGAAGUUAAGGGAAUGGCCUUCCUCUUACACCAAGAAGUUUGAAUACAGUGUCUACCCAAUUGCUUUUUCAGUAGGAAAUGCUCAGGAAUGGAAAAAAUUAUUCAAACCUUGUGCUGCCCAGCGCCUCUUUCUUCCGGUGAUUUUAAAGGAUGUGGAUUCUCUUCUCUACGUGGACACUGACGUUCUCUUCCUGAGGCCCAUUGAUGACAUUUGGAGCUUUCUGAAAGAGUUCAACUCCACACAGUUGGCUGCUAUGGCCCCAGAGCACGAAAUACCAAAGAUUGGUUGGUAUAGUCGAUUUGCUCGCCACCCUUACUAUGGAACAACUGGAGUCAAUUCCGGAGUCAUGCUGAUGAAUUUAACCCGGAUAAGAAACACACCGUUCAAGAACAGCAUGAUACCAACAGGCUUGAUGUGGGAGGAAAUGUUGUACCCAUUAUACCAAAAGUACAAAAAUUACAUUACAUGGGGAGACCAGGACUUGCUAAAUAUUAUUUUUUACUUUAACCCAGAGAGUCUCUAUGUGUUUCCCUGUCAGUGGAAUUACCGGCCCGAUCACUGUAUGUAUGGGAGUAACUGUAAAGGUGCAGAAGAGGAAGGCAUAUCUGUUCUUCAUGGUAAUAGAGGCGUCUACCAUGAUGACAAGCAGCCUACUUUUAAGGCACUAUAUGAAGUGAUACGUGAUUUUCCCUUUGAAGACAAUCUCUUCCAGUCCUUGUACUACCCACUUCAGUCUAAGUUUCUGGAUACUGUACACACUUUAUGUGGGCGAAUUCCACAAGUUUUUCUGAAGCAGAUUGAAAAAACGAUGAAGAAGGUUUAUGAAAAUCGUGUCAUUGUUCAUGUGGGAGCCAACUACAGAUACUAAACAUAGCUAUACUUUAUAUGGUAAUUUUUUCAUCCUUGUAGCCAAAUCAUUUGAGGCAGAUAAAUUAAAGGAGCACCGUCAGUUUAAAAUUCAUGUUGUUAACAAAAAUUGUCUAAAUUGGAACAAUUCACCAAUGAUCAUGGUGGAUUCUCCAUUACUGACCACUUUUAAAUCAAGAUUGGGUGUUUUUCUGAAAGAUCUGCUCUAGGAAUUAUUUUGGAGAAGUUCUAUGGCCUGUGUAAUACAGGAGGUCUGACAAGAUUUCCAGUUUUCCCUUCUGGCCUUGAAAUUCAUGAAUUUCCCUGUUUUAUUAAUAACUCCUUAAAUGAUUAAAAUGGAAUUUUAAAAUCCAUUCAGACUGCCACUUCUUAUGCUCUUUGUUCACUUCCUGCAUUUCUCUCCCCUUGAACAAGGAGAAUCAAUGGUUUGACCGUCCCUAGAAUGAGUUUGUUUUUAGUUCUGUCAUGUUUAAGUUUAAACACUUCAGGGGAAUGUUUGUGUGUUUAAAAACAACUAUUUUAAUUGGAGGUGUUAUUCAGUUGUGGAAACAUCUGUAUUAUAUUUUAUAAAAAAAUUUUUUUUUUCAUCCCACAAGAUUUAAAUUUGGGUCUAGAUUUAAAUUGACAGCAUCACUGACUUAAAAAUAGAUGCUCAAACCAUCAUGACAGGCUUAGUUAAACAUGACUGUAUUAAAGGGAAACCAUCUGCUUAGAAAUCACUGAAGUGUGUGUGGGGGGGAGGGGAUGGUCUGUUUGUUUACUUUGUGUAUUUGACAGCAUUUUGUGUCUAGUGAGUAUCAUUGUUCCCUGGCCUACUUUUCCUGUUUUGUGUGGGCCUUUCACACCGCAACAGGAGGGAGACCCAUUAAAGCCACUAAGAAGAACAUAUGCACAAAUAUUGGGAGAGGGAUGUAGAGAUAAGUACAGGACUCGAAACUAGUGUUAACUCACUUGCUGAAAGUACCUAGAUUUCAAGUGUCUGUUUUAAAUUCCCCUCUCUGUGGGAACAUGGCUUUGGUCUUUUUUUUUCUUCCCAUUUUAAAUACAUUACCUUUUUUGUGGUUUUAAUUGUGUUAAAAACAGGCCAAGAACACUGUGAAUGAACUGUAGGAAAACAUGUACUAUUGAACUGUUUUCUCCAUUAACCUUCUUUAAUUACUACUUACUGCUUGGGAAUAAUUCCGUACCACUGAAAACCUUUCUUCCAGCACAGCGUUACUGAGAGACAGAGAUUGUUGUCUCUGACUGCUUUUUCCAAUAUGCCAAAAAUCCACUUGGCCUUCGACAUUAAAAAGAAAAAAAUCUCCACAUCUCUGCUUGGCACUUUCAUCCCUUGAAGUUCAGCAUCUGUGCCAGGAUUUUAACUAAUAGUCUCAAAGUGAAAUGGGAUACAAGAUAGCUUUGAUGUUUGUUUUAGUUAAAAAUAUUUAAUUUAGGUUAGAUUUCAAAAGCAUGUUCAUGUUGUAAGUAGUUAGACUGAAGGUUACAGACAGUGUUACACAGCUCAUUAAAACUUGCAGUAGUUAAAAGAUGCUCAGCAGAAGCUGUAGGAAACCUGAAACUUAGGAAAUUUUAAAAGACACUUUGUAAGUGAAAAUCUUGAGGGAUGUAUACCGUUGAAAGGUUAUAUUGUUCAGCAUGUGGAAGGCAACUGAAUAGACUGGCUUACCUUACCUGUUCAGCAGAAAAAUCAGCCAUCACUUGAAACUAUCUUUUAUGUCUAGUAUGCAAGGUGUUGAGGGGAAACUAUUCUGUAAUGAAAAAGUUGCUUUCGACUGCAUUAUAAUAUGCAUGUAAUCCCAGUGGCUUUCCAGGCAUACAUACUUACCUUGCAUGGCUGGUGUGUGCUAGGGGCAUGUCACUGUCAUUAGAGUCUAGAACAGGGGCGGGCAAACUUUUUGGCCUGAGGGCCGCAUCGGGUUUCUGCAAUUGUAUGGAGGGCCGGUUAGGGGAGGCUGUGCCUCCCCAAACAGUUAGGUGUGACAUGGCCCCUGACCCCCCCCUUCUCGCCCCCUCACGGCCCCCCCAGGACUCCUGCCCCAUUCAACUGCCCCGUUCCCUGACGGCUCCCCGGGACCCUUGCCCCAUCCACACA